UCCUUUGCAGAGUCAUGUUUGUUGUGUUGUUUAACCGGCGUGAAGCCACAAGGACGGACGGUCUCUCCUGCAGCAUCAAGGCACACCACGGACGGUACCGAUGACAGAAGUCACCGUGUGCGCAGUACGCUCAGUCACUUCUCGUCACUUUGUUGGCUUUUCGUCGCACUCAAGGGGUUUGGAGCUGGGUAAGCUAGCAGACCUGCUAGCUUCUGUGAGCUAACCUCUGCAACUGACAGGUGGAGUGCGUGCAUCGUUCAAGUUGACCCCCCACAAGCAGGAGUCAUGGUGCUGGUACACAGCUACUGUGAAGCCGACUUCCCCAUUUCCCGCACUUGGCUGGAUGAAGGCAUCUCCCCCUGCUUCUACUUCACUCUCGUCCCUGCUGUCCUGCUCACCGUCUCCUUCUUUCUCGGCACCAUCCAUUGCAUCUUCUACCAGAAAUAUGGCACAGCUAUGGAGCCCAAGUUCAUCCCCCGCUCCCGCCUCUACACACUCCAACAGGCCAUCUCCAUCCUUCUUUUGGUUCAGUUUGCUGGCGGGAUGGUGUGGCGAGCCACACGUGGAGAGGAGUUCCCGGGCUAUGUGGUGCUGUAUGGCUGCUUCUGUGCCCUGGCCUGGGCUUGGGCUAUUGCCUUGCUAAGAAUAGAAAGGCGAAGGGUCCUGUUGAUGGACCGCACGCGGGGACACAGCACAGCGCUGCUGCUGAUCUGGGCGGUGGCGUUUGCAGCUGAGAACCUGGCAUUUAUCUCCUGGUUUAGUCCUCACUGGUGGUGGGGCCUGGAGGAUCAGCAGCAACAGGUCCAGUUUGCCCUGUGGCUGAUGCGCUAUGUGGGCACGGGACUGCUCUUCUUGGUUGGUCUCAAAGCCCCAGGGUUGCCACGGAGACCAUACAUGCUGCUUAUAAAUGAAGACGAGCGGGACGUAGAGCAGGGCGCGCAGAGCCUCUUGGGCAGACCAGACCAGAACCAGUCCACCUGGCAGGGCUUCAGGAAGAAGGUGCGCCUGCUUUUACCGUACAUGUGGCCUCGGGGCAGCAUCUGGCUCCAGCUGCUUGUCCUCUUCUGUUUGGGACUCCUGGGAAUUGAGAGGGCAAUCAAUGUCUUUGUUCCUAUUUACUACAAAAACAUUGUGAAUGAAUUGACGGAUGGCAGCAGCUGGCACACUCUUGCCACCACCGUGUGCAUUUACGUCAUGCUGAAGUUCAUGCAGGGCGGGGGGGCAGGCUCCUCAGGGUUUGUCAGCAACAUGCGCUCCUUCCUGUGGAUUCGGGUGCAGCAGUUUACCAACCGCGUGGUGCAGGUACGCCUCUUCGCUCACUUGCACGCCCUCUCCCUGCACUGGCACCUGGGGCGCAAAACCGGCGAUGUGCUGAGAAGCAUCGACCGCGGCACCUCGUCCAUUAACAGCUUGCUCAGCUACAUUGUGUUCAGCAUCUUCCCAACGAUCGCUGACAUUGUCAUAUCCAUCAUUUAUUUCAUCACCUAUUUCAACGCCUGGUUUGGCCUCAUUGUCUUUGUGUGCAUGACCCUCUACCUCACUCUGACCAUCAUCAUCACGGAAUGGAGGACCAAGUAUAGGCGAGACAUGAAUCAGCAGGACAAUAAUGCAAAGACGAAGGCUGUGGAUUCCUUGCUGAACUUUGAGACGGUAAAAUACUACAAUGCAGAGAACUACGAGGUCAGUCGCUUCGAGGACGCCAUCUUGAAAUACCAGUUGUCAGAGUGGAAGACCCAGGCCUCCUUGGCCCUCCUCAAUCAGACCCAGAACGUGAUCAUCGGAUCAGGCUUGCUGGCCGGCUCCCUGCUCUGUGCCUAUUUUGUGACAGAAGGAAAGUUCCAGGUUGGCGAUUUUGUUCUGUUUGGAACGUAUAUCAUCCAACUGUAUACCCCCCUCAACUGGUUCGGAACCUACUACAGAAUGAUCCAAAAUUCAUUUAUUGACAUGGAAAGCAUGAUCCAGCUUUUUGAGGAGGAAGUGGAGGUGAAAGAUGACGCCAACGCUGUGAAUUUCCUCUACAAGAUGGGAAAAAUAGAAUUUGAGAACGUUUACUUCUGCUAUACAGAUGGCAAGGAGGUGCUCAAGGACGUCUCCUUUACAGUGCUGCCAGGACAGACUGUAGCCCUGGUGGGACCCUCAGGGUCUGGGAAGAGCACCAUCGUCCGACUGCUCUUCCGCUUUUAUGACGUUCAAGGGGGUUGCAUUCGCAUUGAUGGUCAGGACAUAGCCAAAGUGAAGCAGACGUCUCUGCGAAGCCACAUUGGCGUCGUCCCGCAAGACACAGUGCUGUUCAACGACACCAUACUGGAGAACAUCCGCUACGGUCGCAUCUCUGCAAGCAACCAGGAGGUGGAGGAGGCCGCCAUCGCUGGAGAUAUCCAUGACAAAAUCAUGGCAUUCCCUGAAGGUUAUGAUACGCAAGUUGGGGAAAGAGGCCUCAAGCUGAGUGGAGGCGAGAAGCAGAGGGUGGCCAUCGCUAGAACCAUCCUCAAAGCACCUCAGAUGAUCCUACUGGAUGAGGCCACAUCAGCGCUCGAUACACAAACAGAACGCCACAUCCAGGCCUCGCUAGCCAAAGUCUGCGCUAAUCGUACAACAGUUGUUGUUGCUCACAGGUUGUCCACAAUCAUUGGAGCAGACCAGAUUUUGGUCAUCAGCGAUGGUCGGAUUGCCGAGCGAGGACGACACGAGGAGCUGCUGCACAAGGGAGGCCUUUAUGCAGACAUGUGGACAAAUCAGCAGCAGGCGCAGGACUCUGAUUCCUCAUCAGAGACUGAAGCCAAAGACUGUACACCUGAGAAACUGCAGCCACCAUCCACUCCAUCAGGCCACCACGGCCAUUGAAUGUACUUUUUGUUUGCUGUGUUUAUACAUAGAUAUGAUUUCUGCUCCACAUAAUGUGCUUGCAGUCUUUUUUAUUUAAAACUGUUUACAUUUCCGAUUGGGAUACAGUAAAGCUUUUUUUUUUUUAACCUGUGCAAUGUAAUUAUCCCUUGGGUGAGCACAACACUAAUCAUACUAUGUUUUCAGUGUUAACCUGCCAAAAUGUUAUACUUUUUUUUUUUAAUAUUAAGCUUUAAGAGACAUUUUAGAAAAAAUGUUCUAUGUGUGAUAAGGGAAUUCCUGGUAAUGUUGUGGAAAGGUUUGUACAUAUGUUUCCUUUUCUCAUGCCAGACAAGUAAUUAGCUAUAAAAUAAAGCCAUAUUU